AUGUCAACUUCAGGAGUAGCUGCGUCUAUAUUGCCUAGAGGAAGGACUGCUCAUUCACGCUUCAAGAUUCUCCUUAAUGAUGAUGAAGCAAAAACCUGCAAUAUUAGUAAGCUGAACAGCAUUGCACAACUUAUUAAGGAUGCUAAAUUGAUCAUUUGGGAUGAAGCAAUGAUGGCUAAAAGAAAGGCAAUAGAAAGAUUUGAUCAGUUGCUACAAGAUAUAAUGAGCAACAAACAAGUAUUUGGUGGCAAAACAGUCAUUUUUGGAGGCGACUUCCGUCAAACGCUGCCUGGGAUGAAAAGUGUUAUCUUGGUUUCGACUACUUUGGAAUCAUCUGGUCACAUUCAAAAUGAAGAUUUCCUGCAUACAUUAAUGCCGAAAGGUCUCUCGCCUCAUCAGUUGAAACUGAAAAAGAAUUGCCUGGUCAUGCUUCUCAGAAAUAUAAAUCCUAUAGAGGGCCUUUCGAAUGGAACUCGCUUAAUUUGCAAGGAGUUUGGUAACAAUGUUAUUCAAGCAGAGAUAGCAUUUUGGCUCAAAUUUGAGAUUCAUCUUUUCGAUGGAACUACUAUCAUAACUGCCUUAAUUAGUGAUAAACAUGCAAGUACUGUUGUAAAUAUGCCAGCUGAUGAAGUCAUCUUAAUAGAACAACAAUUUAACUUGUGA